AUGCCAGGGAACGAGUUUCCACGAAACCAGUACUCCUUCGACGCAGAGGGAGGACGGUUCCAAGGAGUCGAGAAGAGGAGAGGUGAGACGAGGUGGGGAGAGAAUCGGCCAAGAGAGAAAGAGAGACGAGUGAGCGGGACCACAAGGACGGUAAAGAUUUCAAAGGGGGGAAAAACCCGAUGGUUGCGAUCAUCGGGGGUACGGCCGUUAAUCACGGGCCCCCUGGAAGAACGAGUUCCUCGAGGAGGGCAGGACGAGGGCAGAGAGUCCCGAUCCGCGAUCGAUUCAUUAGUCGCCUUUUACUGGACGAUCGCGUUACAGGAAAGCGUGCCAUUAAACUCUUUAUUCGCUGCUGAUCCUCCAGCGAUCGGACUAACCGACGUCAUUCAGGCGAAAACCGGAAGCGAGCAUUCUGACGUCAAAAUUUUAGCGAGUUUCAAUGGUAAAUCGCCGGGACUUAUAUUUAUAUAUAUGCGUAAGAGGAUCGGUCUGAGAUCAAAUAAAAUGUGAAAACUCCACUAAGGCAGAUUCGGCGACGAGCAAUAACGCGGCUCGCGGUAAUUUCAGGAAAUGAUUGUUUCGAGAGAUUCCAGGGCACCCAGCUGUACUGGAUCAAUAUACAUAUAAUUG